CACAAACUUCCGACUAGGAUGCGCGAAACCCUCUAAGGGAUUUCCCUUUAUUUGAUAUCCUUGUUGAUUGCCUUGAGGGUGAAAAACACCGUCUAAACAGGCUAGAAGCACAGCGUCAGUCAUGUCAGAGACAUACGAUUUCCUGUUCAAGUUUCUUGUUAUCGGAAAUGCAGGAACUGGAAAAUCUUGUCUGCUUCACCAGUUUAUAGAAAAAAGAUUCAAAGAUGACUCGAAUCACACUAUCGGGGUUGAAUUUGGCUCGAAGGUAAUCAGUGUGGUCAAUAAGUUUGUCAAGCUCCAGAUCUGGGAUACAGCAGGACAGGAGCGUUUCAGGUCUGUAACACGCAGUUAUUACAGAGGGGCAGCAGGGGCUCUUCUCGUGUAUGACAUCACUAGUCGAGAAACAUACAACGCUCUGACCAACUGGCUGACAGAUGCCCGGAUGCUGGCCAGCCAGAACAUCGUGAUCAUACUGUGUGGAAAUAAGAAAGAUCUGGAUGCUGACCGUGAAGUCACCUUUCUGGAGGCUUCCCGCUUCGCUCAAGAGAAUGAGCUCAUGUUUUUGGAGACCAGUGCUCUAACAGGGGAGAACGUGGAGGAAGCUUUUGUCCAGUGUGCUCGGAAAAUCCUAAACAAAAUAGAGUCAGGCGAGCUGGACCCGGAGCGGAUGGGUUCAGGAAUCCAGUACGGAGAUGCAGCGCUGCGGCAGCUGCGUUCUCCCAGACGGGCUCAAGCAGAGAGCGUGCCGGACUGUGGCUGUUAACACAGAUCCCAGACAGCUGACCAACCAGGUUUCGUGAACAUGAGGAGGAGGACAUUAGUGGGGAGUUUGACGUAUGGCUCAUCAUGUUGGAGUGACUGUUUCCCUCACCAUACUUUUACUUCAGUUUUGACAUGCCGAGGGACCCCCUGUGCUCCAGAAAAAUGUUUACUGUCCCCCUUGGGCCCAAGCCAAAACACUGAGGGUAGCUAAAAGACCCUUGCCCCUGAGAUUACCGCACUGAGCCCUUGCCCCAUCUUUCCCUCUUCCAUAUGUAGAUGUUGUGUAGAGAAGAGUUUCUGUUAUCACCGUGGAGCAUGUUUCAUGGUUGCAGUACGAAGACAUAUUCAUAAAUGAUUAUAUACAGCAUACUGUAUAUUUUAUAUAUAUAGCUUAGGCAUACUGCAUCGCUGCUCUAUGGCACGCUCCUGUAAAUCUUAUCAAUGGAGUUUAUCGCAUUUUAUCUUAAUAGCAUGUUGUUUGCUUUUUCUUUUUUACGAAUGUUGUAUUUUUUUGGUUAGUAUGUUUUAUGAAAUUGUGAUUUCAUAAAAGAGGUUUUUGACAUUUUUGGCUUUGUUUUUGUAUUAUAAUUAAUUUACAUUCGAAAUGAAACAUUUAAGGGCCAGCGAACACUUACCUUCAUAUCGCACUGUAAUACAUCAUCAGUAUCAACAGCUUCAGAAUCAGUGUUACUUGCUCUAUAUUUAUCGUAAUGCAUUAUUGUGCUGCGGUCCCAUUUUUAGGUGUCUGUUGUAGUGACACAGACUUGUUUGAACUGAUGUAAUUGUUUUUGAAAACAUUGCUUUUUUUGUAAAAUGUUUUAUUAUUUUCUACUUGUCCCGUUAUUCUUAUACAUUUUAAAUGGAUAUAUCUAAAAUAAGCUUGCACCCAAAAUGAUUGAUACAUAAUUGUGUACCUUGCUUCAAAGUGCUUGUCAUUAUGUCUUUAUAUGUUUGUAAAAAUGGGACAGAUUGCCAAUAGUCAUGUUUAACAAUGCACUAAAUGGUAGUUGCUUAUUCAUUUUUCAUAAAUCGUGCGUCUACACUACAUUGACCUAAAAAAAAAAAACUCUGUAGCACUGAUGUAAAGAAUUAAGGUCUGAUUCAAAACUGAGCUAACCAAAUGUACAAUUUAGUUGCUGAAUGUAAAACAGUGUUUGUAAAAUCAAUGUAAACCUUUCUAGACAGCUUUCUACAUGAAAAUGCCACAAUUUCUUAAAAAAAUUAAUCCAGGAACAAUUAAUUAAAAUACUUCUGAUAAAAUGAAUAAAGGGGCAUUGCCAGGUAUUUAAAUUGUUGCAUGGAUCUGACUCAUGGAUGAGGUCUUGGCAAGCUUGCAGAAUCCCGAUGUCCAGGAACAGCAUGUUGUAAUAAGUAGGCAAUAUAAAAAUCUGCCUUGUGCAAACAAGAGUACUACUUUUAUAGCCAUAAUACACUAA